AUGCCGACAUACAACGGAGGGUGCUACUGCGGUAAUAUCCGCUACGAACUCAAUCUCGAGUCCCCAGAUCAGGCACGCAUGAGUGUCUGCCACUGUACGAACUGCAAGAAAUUCACCGGCUCCGCAUUCGGUGUCACCGCCAAGGUCCCCGAGUCCGCCUACCGCGUGACGAAGGGCCGGACGACGCACCACGUCGGGGACAACGGCUCCGGCACGCAGCUCACGCGCGAGUUCUGCGGCGCGUGCGGGUCGGGCGUCCUCGAGUACGGCGCGCACGCAGGAGAGAACGUCUACCUGUUCUACGGCAGCCUUGACGAGCCCGAUGCACUCCCGCCGAAGGGCGAGUUCUUCUGCAAGGAACGCGCGGGGUGGUUGCCUGAGAUACCGGGUUUAUUUCACAAAUGGGAGAUCAAGGAGUGA